GGAAUUCCCUGAAGAGUGACAGUGGGUGAAUUCAGGCAAUAAAUUAGCUGUUCACCAGGUCAAGAACACCUCUUCUCUAUCUGGAUCGCAAGCAGGAAAGAGAACUCAGCGCCGAGAUGACCAAACAAGCUUUUUUCACCGUCCUUGUCCUUCUGGCUUGCUGUGUGGCUCUAAUACAAGGAUUGCCCACCUCCCACCGGGAGCGCUGUUUCUGCAGAAGAUCAGGAAUGCUGUUCGUGAACAUGGAUCGUGUGACAAAAGUCGAAUACCACAAGUCAACCAGCAGCUGUGGACAAGAAGAACUGCUGGUGAUCCUUAGAAACAGCCGAAAACGCUGCGUGAACCUGAACGGGGACCAAGGCAGGAGAAUUAAACAGGCAAUUAUGGAAGGAAGAAAUGUCAUCAAAAGAAGUUCAAGCUGAGUUUUGGAGAAGCUGCUUCACAAAUACUUACUGGAGACAUUUAAUCAGCUUCUGAAGGACUCCUAAUUUAUGACACUCAAGUUGGGAGCCACUGGUCCAACAGCGUUAUUCUUGUCAAGCUGAUGGGGUUUAGAAGUUAGCCCCAAGUACUUCCUGCAGGAAUUUAUUAAAACAAGUACAAGAGUGAUGCAAUGAGGCAAAAUGUCUGGGAUUUUCUCUUGAUUUUGACAUCUCUAUGGAAGAGCUUCAUUCUUCCUAAUCAACCAAGCCAGGAAAAUGUGAUACGGGCAUCCUUCAUUCCUGAACAUUUUAUGCUUGUAACACCAAUGCAGAUAGAGAGUCCUUGAUUUACAACCACCACUGAGCCCAACAUUUCUGUUGCAGUGAAUUUUGCUCC